CUCGACUUUCUUCUUCAACAGAAUGCAGAAAAUUCAAAGAACUGCCUGUAGCCAUGGCACCGCAUGAGCUGCAAUUCAUCAUCAGCUCAGCGCCAUCCUCGAAUUCAUCCAAGGGUGCCUCGCUGCGGACCGCUGCCCGGUCUCACGCCGCUCGCUCAGCACACGCCCGGGCACGACGCCUACGGACGAUAGAAUACCAGGCCCAGAAAAGUCGAGAAAGGAAUAGACCUUCCAAUGAUGCAGAUAAUGCGGGGCCCUCUGACCUGCCAGGUUGCGGGCCAAGAGAUGCACUUUCCUAUCACAGGAGAGAUCCGUUCAUGGCCUGCGCAAAACAGCUAAAGCCGUUUGAGCAAAUGCUGUUUGAUCACUAUGUCACUGUCAUAAUCCCCCUCAUGCGCUGCAAUUCAUUCGACGCGCACUUCUACCGGCGCAUGAUGGGCAUCUGGGUUCCACUUGCCCUUUCAGAAGCAGGUCUUCUGGAUAUCCUUCUCCUUGCAGCAUCGCGGCAUUUAAUUGAAUGUGACGAAUCGCAGCAGGACCAUUUCGCCCGACUGGCCUUUCAGUACAAGGUUGGCAUUGUGCAGGCGCUAAGGGGGGCUAUUUCUGCGGAGACGCCGCAUUUUACGGACUCGACUGUUAUCAAGGCCAUCAUGCUUGCUUACGAUGAGCUAUGGACCCAUGACGAUAUUACCAUGAAGCGCCAUGUGGAAGGGGCCGUGAGGAUGGUAAGCCUGAAAGGCGGCCCCCAAACACUCGGUAUGGAUGGACUGGUUGAGCGUUUACUCUUUAAUUUAUUGGCCAAAGUAAACCAGCACAUUGGCCUUACAGUCAAGUCGCCCUGGGAUCCGCGGAUAACCAGUGUCGAGCUUGCAGGGUAGUUUUUGCAUAAACGUAUAAUAUAAUGUAUCGCUAUACGGGUUUUGUCAUUCUUGCAGUUAUCUCCUCAAGAACGUUUAUCGAACUUGGCUAUCUUUGCCAUGUCCUUGUCGAGAUAGUUGAUCCAGUCGACAACCGUGUUGUAGAAAGUGGGUGU